AUGUCCGUGUUUAGAGGUUUGGCGGACUCCCUGCGGCGAUUAGCCAUGAUUGCCAGUCGGACCAGCGUCUCCGAGCUGCCGGAUCACAAGGCCCUUCAAACCUUUGACAAGCGCGGCAUCGGGAACUCUGUGACUAUCUCUAUGUAUAUGGGGGGUUCCAAGAUAGCGGCAGGUCUCACACCUGCCCUGAGCCAGUCAGCUGUGGCGGUGGGCUACGAAAUUUGGAUAUAUGGCGGCACGGAGUAUCCCUUUGGCGUGAACAAUGCUCGGGACCUACAUUACAUUGACGUGCGCGUGGGCGAGUGGCACACGAUUUCUCAUGAAAUUGAUCAGUGCCCACUGGCUCGCUUUGGACAGUCAAUGGUGUAUGAUGCCGCACAAGAGUGCUUUUGGAUUUUUGGCGGCACACAGGGCACCCAGUUUUACAAUGAUCUGUGGCGCUUUGAUUUGGCUACCAGGACUUGGGAGGAAAUUGUUCAAGGGCCCUUUGAUAACUGGCCCACCCCACGUUACCGACACCAGGCCGUUAUGCACAAUCACCGCAUGGUCGUCCUGGGAGGUGGUACGCCCAACCCCACUCCCGAUAAGUUUAUGGACACUGCACUUGUGUUCAAUACGCGCACGCGACGAUGGGAGACUGAACAUCUGCACGGUGACAACGCGGAUGGCUAUCCUCCCGAAUUGCGGUCCCACACCUGCACCAAAUACGGGGAAUACCUGUACCUGCUCGGCGGGAUUUCCAAGCCCAGACAGUACGGCGAACUGAUCACCUUUGGUGGUCUCGCACUCGGCAGGACCGACCGGCGGAUCAAUGACGUGUGCUCAGUCCUGAUAACGCCCACUCCCACCUUGAAGUAUCUCUGCAUCGUCGCCAUUGCUGCUGCUGGGUUUCAGCCCGAGGAAGUCUACCGUGCCGUGGGCUCAUCGUUCGAUCUCGUGCUCGAAGCCGCCUUGGAUGGCAAGAGCCUCAGCACAGACCCCGUGCCACACAAGGCGUCCUUCACCAUUGACAAUGAACUAGUGUAUGCCGUGCCCCAGGCCGAGGUACAAAGCCAGCUUAACAUCGCCGGCACGCGCGAACUUUUGGGCUAUGUCAUGCUUGAUCUACGACUGGCUCUUCCUGCAAGCCGCGCUCGCGCCUCCACUUGGUACCCUUUGCUUAAUUGCGUCUAUCGCAAAAGCAAACCCGAGUUGUUGAUUCAACUAUUUCUGGAGACUAUGGAUGCGCCCACCGAUCGCAUCCCCGUGGCAGUGGUUGAACGCCACCUAGAACCCGUCCUGGCACUGGGAGCACCCGCUUCCGAGGAGGACGCACAUGACUAUGCGCUGGCCUUGCGCAUCAAAGAUGCCACAGGACUGACCGCGAUGGCCCUCAUGUCCGAGGCCUCGGAUCAGCACGCCCUGAGCCAGGCCUUUUUUGAGGCCACUCUCGAGGGUCUCACGUGUGCUUCUUCCCCAUUUGGGCUCUCACAUGCCCAUGAUCUACGCUCACUGGAAAUGUACCUAAAUCUAUGGACCACGGAGGCCAACCUCGAACGUUUUCUUCAGACAAAUGGCCAGGACCUGCAGUUGGCGGUGUGCUUCCAGGGCGCGGACGGCAGCCAGCCUUUGGGAACCUGCAGCCUGCACAUGGCUGAUGUGGCGGCUCCUAGCGCCGACCGGGGUCGCCCUCAGGAGCAUCGCGUACGAAUGACCUCAGCAGAUGGUGCUGGUGGUGCACCCCCUGACCCACUGUCCCUGAGCAGUGAUGAGAGUGAGCCAGAUCACCAGGGUGGCCUCGAGGGCCCGGACCACUCUCGGCCAGGCUUUCGCCGCUUGGCCAUCGGGGUAGACUUUCAGACCCUUCAGCGAGCUCAGCGUCCUCCGCAGCAACUCAAGUUGCUGGUGCGCUAUCGGACCGCCUUAUUGGGCACUCCGGGGCAAUAUCUGACCCAUCCGUCCGUCAUGGUGCAACGGGGCAGUCAGGUCCAGUUGGCACACGGAUUUGCCAGCUACGACCUAGUGACCUCUGUGCCCACCCUUGAUCAACAAUGGCACGAUGACGUGGACGUUGAACUGAUUGAGCAGGAUCAGUAUAAUGGCCAUCGCGUAGCGGGUCGUGGUCGACUUCGCCUCCGCUCGCUCUUUGAUCAGUGGACUCGGGCUGAUGGACACACCGAGCUGGUGUCGGCGCGGGAAACAGUGAUGUUUGUGACGGACGAAGGCGAGGCUCCAAGCGAAGUGGCUCGGGCCGAUGUGCUGCUGACCCUACAAGAUUUGGGAGCAGCAGACAUUCCCAUCAACGAGGCCACGUUUGCGCAGCGCCCGGCUUUGAAAUCAGCCACUCAUCACGCUGCUCUGCCACCCAAGGCUGUCGGUGUCGAGCACGAUGGUUUUGAAUCACACGGUCAACCUGCCGAGGACGGGGUGAACUUGACUGCUUAUGGCCAAGGGGGGCCAUGGCGAAUGGGACCUGCCCCCGAGCGAACAGGGCACUUGCCGCCUCCUCAUUCGGAGGAGUAUGAUACGUUGUCGGCAACAACGUACACUGCCGCGGCUGGCGCCGGCGAGCUGGGCGAGCGUCUGCCCGGAGAUGCCGAGCAGGUGGCACAGCAAUAUCAGGCUCGGCUCGAGUUGGAGCUGUGGAUGAAGGAGGAGCAAGAGCGCUUUCGUCAAACUCUAGAAGAGAAGGAGCAGGCGGCCUUAAAGCGCCUGGCGGCUGAAUGGAAGGCUCGCAAUGGCCAGCAAGAGGCCAUUCUCACUCAGCGCAUGCAAUCCUACAACAAGACCUCGGCUGAGCUUGAGGCAACAUUGCGACGCGUUCGCGAGCGUGAAGCAGAACUGGAGCGAGAAUCCCAAGAGCUCGAGUCCAAGCAAGCAGAGCUUGCACAGCAACACGAGCGUGCCAUGACGGAGUUGCGUGACGCUAGUCGACGGCUUGAAUCAGACUUUGCGCACCAGGUAUGCAAGUGGGGAAAACACUUUUGCCGCAGUUGGCUGUGUGUGUGUGUGUGUGUGUGUGUGUGUGUGUGGUCGGAGCUAUCGCAAAGCAGGACACGGUUCCAGGAGGAGCAUUUGCAUCGUAUCUCCGAAGAUCGCGAUCAAUUGGAGCAACGCCUCAAGGUUUUGCAAGAGGAAAAUGAGGCGCUCCGUCUUGAGCGGAGCCGCGGUCCCAACGCUCAACUUCAAGCCGAGGUAGUACGGCUCAGCAGUGAAGUGCAGCAGCUGCAUCGGCAGCUCGACGCUGCCCAGCGUUCCAAGGACCAAUACAAACAGCAAUGGACCAAGGCCUUGCACACUGUGGCUCAGCUGCGGCAGAAAGAGCAGCUCUUGUCUCGUGAGCACCUUCGCCAGCAACAGCGUGAGCUGGAGCAUCUUCGUUUGCAAUAUUUAAUGAAGGAAGAACGGGACGUGACGGGCAAUGAGAUGAAAGAAAUUGCCGAAAUCAAGGCUGAGCUACAACGGCUGGCCCAACUGACGGUGGGCAGUUCGUCGCGUUCGCUAGGUGGCCACAGCGAGCCUGGAACCUCGUCAUCAGCUCCCCAGACCGAAGCCCCCGCAGGCUUAAACCGGCUGCAAGCCGAAGUUGCUCGCCUCACCCACGAACGGCAGUCGCUGCUCAACACGAAUAUCUAUCCACCCACAGACCCGGUGAUUCGACAGCUAGAUGCGCGUAUCGCCUUGCUCAUGAGUCAGAUGUGA